AUGGACGCCAAACUGCUGAAGACGACCAAAUUCCCGCCGGAGUUUGCGAAAAAGGUGGACAUGACCAAAGUCAACAUCGAGGUCAUGAAGAAAUGGAUUGCAGAGCGGAUAUCUGAUAUAUUGGGGAACGAGGACGACGUCGUUAUCGAGCUCUGCUUCAACCUCCUCGAGGGCUCGCGCUUUCCGAACAUAAAGCAUCUACAGAUUAAUCUCACUGGCUUUCUGGAGAAAGAUACGGCGAAGUUCUGCAAGGAUCUAUGGAACCUCUGCCUCAGUGCGCAGGACAGCCCUCAAGGUGUCCCCAAAGAGCUGCUGGAGGCGAAGAAGCUUGAGUUGAUGCAGGAGCAGGCUGCCGCGGAAGAAGCACGCCGCCGGGAAGAAGACGAGCAGGCCAGAGAACGAGACCUGGAGAGAAUUCGGCGGCGAGAAAGAGAGGAUCGUGGCCGUGGCAGAAGAGGCCGCGGUGGCCCUGCUCGCGGAGCUGAUCGGUAUGACAGCCGAGAUUCUCCCUCGCCUCAUCGAAGGAGACGAAGCCCACCGGUUUACCGAGAUACACCUCCUCGCCGGGGAGCGGAUAUCUACGUUCCCAGCGGUGGUAGAAGCUAUAGACGAGACGAUCAUAGAGGUCGCCGCCCGUCGAGACAGAGCUCUCCAUCGCCAUCUCGGUCACCAUCACGCUCUGUCUCGCCAGUUCGGGACCGUCGACGGGACAGGAGGUCUCCAGAAAGAAGGAGGCGGCGUUCGACCAGCAGCUCUCGCUCACCUUACAGAGGAGGCGGCCGUGACCGUGACCGUGGCUGGAAACGAGCCCGCAGCCCAACCCAUGAUGACGACUCCAGGUCCCCAAGCCGCUCGCCGUCCAGAAGAAGACGGAGAAGGUCUAGAAGCGGAAGCUCUAUCUCUCCGCCCCCUGCUAGUAACCGGGCCUCGAGAUCCCGUCGUGCAUCUUCAUCACGAUCUCCGUCGAGGUCAAGUAGCGAGGGCGAUCGGGGAAGUCGGCGCCCUCGGAGGAGAUCCCCUUUGUACCAACAAGGGUCUAGACGUGAUGUACCUAGAGCUGAUAUUGCUAAAGAUCGCAGAAGUCACGACCACCGCCGGCUUAGCCGCAGCCGUAGCCGCAGCCGCAGCCGUCAUCGAACCCGAAGCCGGAGUCGAAGCCGCGGAAGAUACCGCCGAAGACAGCGGUCGACCAGCAGCAGGUCAUCGACGAGCAGCUCACGUAGCCGCAGCCGCAGCCGCAGUGGCCGACGGAGGUAUCAAUCUAUUGAAAGAUAUGCCCCAGCUGGACGCAGGUCGCGCAAGAACAGUUCUGCCCCUUCACCACCUGCUCAAAAGCGACAGAGAAUAGCUGAUUCAGAUGGAGAAACUGCCAGAAGUUCCCCUCAACCCGCUCAAGAUAAAGCUGCUAAAGAUAAUGACACACCGGAUAGGCCUCCAGCUACUGACGAGGUGGGUCAAUAAAUAUGUUGCGUCCGUCACAGCGUCCUGCAUCGCGGCUUACCUCGACUGAGCUUCGAGAACGGCUCCUCAAGGAGAAGGUCAUCGCCAUGCGCCGGAUGAGUGCAGAGAAGGCGGCCACCAAAGCCUCCUAACCACUCGGUGAGCACAACGAUGGCGGUGCUUG